AUGAAAUCCUCUUCUUCCCAUUCACCUUGUGUCCCGAAACCCUCCGAAAUCUUUUCCGGUUUCUUCUUUGCGUUUGUUUCUUCGUUGGCUACGGCCAGCCUACUAGAACAAAGUGCUUCUCGUAAUACUUACGACUACAUCAUUGUUGGUGGAGGCACAACAGGAUUAGUUAUUGCAAAUCGCCUCUCGGAGAAACUAGACACGGUGCUUGUCGUUGAGGCCGGAGACUCGGUAUACAGUAACUCGAAUGUAACCGACACCGGUGCCUAUGGAAAGGCUCUUGGGACAGCAAUCGACUGGCAAUACACGACAAUUCCGCAAGAAUACGGUAAUAAUGAAGUCCAAACCUUGCAUGCAGCCAAAGCCGUUGGAGGAACAAGCACCAUCAAUGGAAUGUCCUAUACAAGAGCGGAGGCCGUCCAAAUUAAUUCUUGGGAGAAAGCGGGCAAUCCUGGAUGGACCUGGGACAAUCUUUUCCCAUACUACAUGAGGAGCGAGAAAUAUGAGAUCCCGGAUGCAAAGCGGAUCAAUGGAGGUGCUUCUUACAACCCUGAGUACCAUGGAUUCACUGGUCCGUUGAAAGUUGGGUAUCCAAGUCAGCAAGCUAUCAAUGGCUUCGCCAGUGCUCUCAAUGAGAGUUAUCAAGCUAUGGGUGUUCCUUAUUCUACUGAUGUAAACGGAGGAAAGAUGCGGGGGUUUAAUGUGUACCCCAAGACAGUCGACGCAGCUACAGACAUUCGUGAAGAUGCUGCACGGGCAUACUACUGGCCAUUCUCCCGACCAAAUCUCUACUUGAAAGCCAAUUCAACUGCAAACAGGCUUCUCUGGGCAGCACACCCAAAUCUGCAAGGUAAUUUCGUUGCAACUGCCAUCGAAGUUACAGCAGUAGAUGGUAAGCACUAUGCCGCUGGAUCUCUUAGAACCCCUCCCCUUCUUGAGUUGUCAGGGAUAGGUAACCCUAGUAUUCUCCAAAAUUAUGGUAUUACCACGAAGGUUCCUCUUCCCGGUGUUGGUGAAAACCUCAUUGACCAAACGAACAACGGUCUCACAUUUUCCAUGAUUCCCGGGGAGAAAUACACUGGGGAGUCCGGCUACGCCGCGUACCCCAAUGUUACCGAUAUCUUUGGGUCUGCGGCUUCGUCCCUCGCAUCUUCCAUUUUUUCCGACUUGCCUUCAUAUGCCUCGAGGGUAGCCGCUCAGAACAACAAUGCUAGCACUGCAUCUGCUCUGCUAUCGCUCUUCAAGUUGCAACAUUCUUUGAUAUUCGAUUCUCAAGUCCCGAUUGCCGAAAUCGUUCACUAUCCCUACGACGGUUCGUUUGGAUCUCAAUUCUGGAGCACACUGCCAUUCGCGAGAGGUAACAUCCAUAUUGCAUCGGCGGAUCUGUCUGUUCCAGCGAAUAUCAAUCCGAACUAUUUUAUGCUGGAAUAUGACAUUCAGUCACAGAUUGGGAUUGCACGUUUCAUGCGCAAGCUCUUCUCCAUGGAAUCUUUGGCAAAGAUAGCGGGUUCGGAAAGUUGGCCAGGCACAAGAGCGGUACCAGCAAACACAGACGAUGCCACGUGGACGAAGUGGCUUAAACAAAACUACAGUGCCAACUACCAUGUCCUCAGUACAGCGAUCAUGCUCCCUAGAGCUAUGGGUGGCGUUGUAAGUCAUAGACUUAAGGUGUAUGGUACGGCCAACGUUAGAGUAGUCGACGCAAGUAUAUUCCCAUUCCAGCUUUGCGGGCACCUAAUGUCGACUCUUUAUGCUGUAGCGGAAAGAGCAAGCGACCUGAUUAAUGAAGAUAGCGAGAUAUGA